GGGCGCUGUUGCGAUCGACUGAGUCAGCCGCACGUACGACGCCGCUUAUGCUCUUGGCUGUUCCGCUGCGCGACGGAGACGUGCAAUCAGGCCGUGAUGGAUGGAUGGAUGACCUGGCUGGAAGCAGAAGAGUCUUCCGACGUGAGCCCUUACAUCAUUUGCACGUCCUAUCCCGUCGCAGUUGCGCAGGUUCCUCAAAAUAUAUAAAGCCCACGACUUGCUUCGUGGUUCUUGUGGGCUUACGUGCUGCAACAACAAGCGCGCCAGCUUUGUGCCGACGCCACCGCGCAGCCUAUCUCUAGCGAGCCUCUCUUCCUCUGCCACUCACGUGCGCGCACACAAACUCGCCCUUGCACACACACACACGCACACCAUGACGUCCAACGAUGUCAGCCUCAGCUGGCAUGAUCUCACAUUCGACAUUCCCAUCCCUCGCAAGACGCUCAAAGCGCAGGCUCAAAAGGCGCAGGAGGAGGAGCGGCAACGCUCAGCCAACGCAGCUUCAACGGAUGUGGAAAAGUCGGUCAAAAAAAGCGAAUCAUCGGCGGAUGGCGUACCACCAGCCGUCACGCCUGCGCUCACUGCCACGAACUUGGCGGACGGGCAUCGCAGGCUGCUCGACAAUGUCUCUGGCUCUGUUCGACGAGGCGAAAUGGUGGCCAUCCUUGGCGCAUCGGGUGCUGGAAAGACGACACUCUUAAACGUCUUGUCUGCCCGCCUGUCCAAACUUGGCAAGCUCGACGGUCAAGUGCUGUUCAAUGGCAAAUCACGCGACCCUGCCACUUGGAAGCGCACCGUCGGCUUUGUGGAGCAAGAUGACUUGAUGUUUGGAACGCUGACGGUGCACGAGCAGAUUAGCUACUCUGCUAGGAUGAGGCUGCCGGAUUCCAUGUACGAUCGUCAGACGAAGAUGGAUCGUGUCGAAGACAUUAUCCGCAUGCUCAGGUUGGAAAAGUGCAGAGACUCUAGAAUCGGAGAUGCGCGCACCCGCGGUAUCAGCGGAGGGGAACGCAAGAGAACGAGCAUUGGCGUGGAACUCGUGAGCGACGUGUCUCUGCUGCUGCUCGAUGAGCCAACGUCGGGUCUGGAUGCCUUUGCCGCCCACUCUGUGGUGGAGAAUUUGCGCAAUACGACCAAGGAAAAGAAUCUUUCUUGCUUGAUGACGAUCCAUCAGCCAUCUUGGGCGCUGCUCUGUCUCUACGACCGCAUCCAGCUGCUCGCUCAAGGCCGCGUCUACUACGAGGGACCUCCUCGAGAGACGCUGGCAUGGUUCGACGGUCUCGGAUAUCAGGUCCCAGAAGGAACAAACCCCGCGGACCACUACAUCACUCUGGCAGAGAAUCCAGGAAAUACAGCAGAGGGCGCCAAACGCAUAGACCACUUGAUCAGCGCAUGGCACGAACGCGCUCGUAGCGGCGCCUCCACGCCCGCGGUCGCGCUGACCGAUGCUUCGGGAACGAAGCGAUCAUCUGCUGAUCUGGCUCGCGAUGGCGAAAUGUAUCGUCAUUGGCCUGCUUCUUGGCUCUCCGAGCUGGCCGUUCUCACCGAGCGCAAUUGGCUGCAGCUCAUUCGCGACGUGCCCACCAUCAUUGCCGUCGUUGGCCAGACGGUCAUCCUGCUCAUCAUCAUUGGUUUCGCAUUCUUCCGACUCGGCUACGAUCAAGGCGAUGUUCUCGCGCGCAUCGGCGUCUUGUUCUUCCUCCCAAUCAACUCGACUUUCAGCGUAUUUCUGCCAGUGCUAGCUCCCUUGGCGCUUCAGAGAGCUGUGAUGAAGCGAGAGCGCUCGGCAGGCACCUACCGAACAUCGAGCUUCUACAUGUCCAAGAUGCUCAUCGAGGUUCCCAGCAACGCCGUUCAGCGCAUCCCCUUUUUUGCGGUGCUGUAUUGGAUGUGCGGCCUGAAUCCUAGCGCGGCUUCCUUCUUCAUUUUUGUCGCUCUCAACUUGAUGCAAGUCAUCGUAGCCACUUGUCUGGGUCUGUUCAUCGGAAGCGUAUCGCCAACAAUUGAGCUUGCAAACAUCAUCGCUCCACUCAUCAGCGUCAUUUUCCUCCUCUUUGGCGGUAACCUGCUCCCAUCUCCUCCUCCCUGGUUCGUCUGGCUUCGAUGGAUCUCGCCCAUCACCUACACCUACAUGGCCCUGGCCCAAAACGAAUUUGCAGGCGCACAAUUCUCUUGCGGCAAUGCGGGUGCUGGGGGACAGUGCUACAGCACGGGCGAGCAGGUUUUGCAGCAGUACAACCUGCAGACGUUCACCAUUGGCGAGUGCGUCGGUUUCUUGUGCGCCAUCGCUGCCUUCGUCGCUGUCCUCGGAUACGUGGGCUUGCGCGUCACUGCCCAUCCCAAAUUCAGAUAUCAUUAGCCACGCAGAGACACCCUGAGAAUAACGACACAUGCCCAAGCUGAACCACGCACGACGUAUAGAUGUACAAUACCCAACCGCUUAUUUGCGAAGAAUCUUUCCGAAGCCCAGGCAAUUUCACGCAUGAUGAGCGAUUACCAUC